AUUGAUAUUAUUACAAAAUUUAAAAUACAAAGUUUGUAAAUAGUAAAUACUAAACAAACAAUAUCAUAAUACAAAUUAUAAUUUAUACUUUAUAGUAACUACUAUAGUACUACAGUACUGACUACUUCUUAGUUUUUAUAUUUUGACAUUUGCCAAUUGAAAUCGUUCAAGAUGACUGAAGAUAUUCGUGAUAUUAUGGACAUAGAAAGGGGACCCACUCCUCAGGUAUCUAAAGAAGACAUACUUGGUACACACAAGAAGAAAAUCUCACUACCGUCAGGUAAUCGUCAGACCCGUAGACCAGAAGGAAUGGCUCGUGAGGUGUUUGCCUUACUGUAUAAUGAUAAGAAGGAUGUGCCACCUGUUAUUGAAACCGAAACUGGUCCUACUUAUAAGCUCCAAAAAGCUAGAUUGGGUAUGCGACGUGUUCGUCCUUGGGUAUGGGCUCCUUUUACCAACCCAGCUCGGACAGAUAAUGUUUCUUUUUCUCAUUGGCGGAGAGUUGCCGAUGAGGGUAAAGAGUACCCAUUUGCUAAGUUUAAUAAGAAAAUAGAAAUACCCAAGUACACAGAUAUUGAAUAUAAAGAACACUUAGUGUCGGAAACAUGGACUCAAGAAGAGACUGAUCGUCUUUUUGACAUGUGUGAAUGGUUUGAUUUACGUUUUAUAAUCAUUCAGGCUAGAUGGAACCUUGGAGAAUAUGAGAAGGCUGUUAAGCGAUCUACUGAAGAUCUGAAAGAUAGAUAUUAUUCAGUUUGUAAUACGCUGACAAAGAUUAGAGGAGGGAGUGUCAAUGAAUCGAAAAUGUAUGAUGCCGAACAUGAAACUCGUAGAAAACAACAACUUGAAAGGCUUUAUAGUAGAACUCCUAAACAAAUAGAGGAGGAACAAAUGUUAAUACAAGAAAUGCGUAAGAUUGAAGCACGGAAACGUGAUAGAGACCGUAAGACACAAGAUCUUCAAAAAUUAAUAAGUGCUGUUGAUAAACAAAAUGAUAGUCGGAAAAGUUUGAAAAUUGACAAAAAAACAACUCAUCACCGUAAACGCGUUACUGUUCCAGUCAGGCCAACCCGAGUUGAUCCAAAUAACUUUGAAGCUACUACUAUUAAAUUUCCGGAUAUUAAAAAUAGUGGUGUGUCUACUCGUUCACAAAGAAUGAAAAUACCAGCUAAUGUUAGUCAAAAAAAAGUCAAAAAUGUUGAACAGGCUCUGGAGUCACUAAAAAUUAAAUUAAAUCCCAUUCCAACUGAAGACAUAUGCCAAAAUUACAAUGAUCUGCGUAAUGAAAUUGUAUUGUUGAAUGAAUUAAAGGCAGCUUGUAGCUCAAGUGAUUUUGAACUGCAAACAUUAAAACAUCAGUAUGAAACGUUAAAUCCUGAUGGGAUUUUAAAAAUUGAUCCUCAUCUUAUGGAAGAAAUGGCUAGUUUAAGUGUUGACGAUGAAGAGAAUGAAGAAGUACCAGAAAUAAAAAUAAAAAUAGAAAUUAAUGACCAAGAAAUGGAAGAUGAUACAGAUCUUAAUCUUCUGCCUAAAAAUGUUUUAGAUAUAAUAUGAUUUAUUAUUCUGUGAUGAUAAUAAAUCAAUUUUAUUUUAUUAUUUAAUUAUACUUACUUUGUAUUACAUUUUCCUUGUAGAUAAUGCUGUUAUAUUUUAUUUAAAUAUUUUUAAAUGACAUAGUUUAUGACAUUUAUAUAUAAUAUAAUAUAACUAUUGUAAACCAUUUUAAUAAUUAAUAUUAUUAAGGUUUACUAAAUACAUUUUUAUUAUUGACAUUAUGGAUUAAUCAAUAUUGUAAUGCAAAGUGCAAACAAAGCCUUCUGAAUGUAAAAUUUUGAAUUAUAAUUUCUAAUUAAAUUGUAUCUUGCAUAAUAUUAGUUAAUAAUAGUUUAAGUAUGUUUUUAUUAUUUUUGAACACAUGAAUGCUUAAAUAUCCUAUCCCUAUGACCCUAUUACAGACGGUUACCAUAUAUCAAUCUAUAAUACAAUUAAUUUAAUUUAAUAUAAUAUAAUAGUUGUAAUGUAAUAAUUAAUAACAACUAACAAAUCAUCAUAGAAAAGAUAUUUUAGGUAUACUAUUAAGUUGCCUUUAGAAAACCACCGCAUAAAUCAAAUGAAAUAAUAUGCCUACACACAAUAAAUACUGAUAAAAUUGUUAUAUAUGGCCCGAAUUUCAACGGUGUACAAUGUACAUCUAACUAAUUUUUGAUUUUUAUUAAAUUUUUUCUAAUUAUUAAAUUUGAUUAUUUAUACAAGUAUGCUUGGAUGACACAACGCCUCUGUUCAGAAUCGUUGUUUGUAUGCAACUAUGCAAUGAUUUAUCAUUGAAUUAAAGUAUAUAACAUCUAUUACAAUUUACAAUGACAUGCUCGACAACUACUAUACAGCAGAGAGGUAUCCACUUGUCCGUAUUUUUUUAUUAUAAACAUUUAAAUGGUAUAAUACUCACAAAAUUGAAAAUUAAUAUAGAAUACAUCUUGAUCAACUAAAAUAUAUAAACCAACUAAUUUAAAAUAUACAUAAUCUAAUUAAACUUAAUUUAACAGCAAUACUGGGACUUUUAAUUUCUUUUAUCCUUUAGUAGUUUUGUCAAAAAUUGUGUAGAUUUAUCAGUUAUCACACGCAUUCCACAACUACAUGACGUGUAGUUGUAAAUAAAAUAUUUAAAAUGUUUAGUUUUUAUAAUAUUAUAAUAACAUUAAAUAGUAAAUACUAAUGUAAAUGAUUCAUAAGAGCAUCUUUCAUCAAAAAAGUAGUCUGUAUUUCUUCCAUAGUAUAUUAAUUGUAUGUCACUAUGACUAUGUAUAUUAAUCCUCUAAAAUCUAUAUUAUAAAAAUAAUCAAAAUGUAUCAAAAAAAAAGAUUCGUCCUCAGUUCCAACUGCAUAUAGAUAUUCUACUAGGUAGACACAAUUUAAACAUAUAUAUUACUAUAUUAUUAUUUAUAUAAUAUUAUAAUAUAUUAUGUAUUUAGCACUUGAAGAUUGUCAAUCUCAGAUUGAGGCGAUUGAGCCCUCGAUAAUAUUUAAUCUACAUCAUGCAGUAACCUUAUUGUAGCCUAUCCACAACGCCGUCUAAUCAUUGUAAUUUAGGAACAUAAAUAGUGUACAAUAUA